UGUCCUGUCUGCCUUCCCCGGUGUCUGCUCCACACUGCCCCGCUCCCUCCCCCGGACCCGAAGCCUCCUGCCUGCCUGCCUGCCGUGCCUGCCUCCCUCGUUCCCGCAACCACCACCCGGUGAAUGCGCCAACAUGACGGGCAUCGCCGCCGCUUCCUUCUUCUCCAAUUCCUGCAGGUUCGGAGGCUGCGGACUCCAGUUCGAGUCUCUCGCCGAGCUCAUCGUCCACAUCGAGGACAAUCACAUCGACACGGAUCCCCGGGUCCUGGAGAAGCAGGAGCAACAGCAGCCCACCUACUUGGCCCUAAGCUACAUCAACAGGUUCAUGACGGACGCUGCGCGCCGUGAGCAGGAGACCAUGAAGAAGAAGGCGACACCCAAACUGUCGCUGUCCAUCACGGGCGCCGUGUCGAGGAACAGCACGGCCACACCCCCUCGCCACACCAGCGGCAACCUGACGCCACCCGUGACGCCCCCCAUCACCCCUUCAUCCUCCUUCCGCAGCAGCACACCGACAGGCAGCGAGUAUGACGAGGAGGAGGUAGACUACGAGGAGUCGGACAGCGACGAGUCAUGGACCACAGAAAGCGCCAUCAGCUCUGAGUCCAUCCUCAGCUCCAUGUGCAUGAAUGGCGGGGACGAGAAGCCCUUUGCAUGCCCGGUCCCAGGCUGCAAGAAGAGAUACAAGAACGUGAACGGCAUCAAGUACCACGCCAAGAACGGCCACCGCACACAGAUCCGCGUGAGGAAGCCCUUCAAGUGUCGCUGCGGCAAGAGCUACAAGACGUCGCAGGGCCUGAGGCACCACACCAUCAACUUCCACCCGCCCGUCUCCACCGAGAUCCUGCGCAAGAUCCAAGGCUAGAAGCCGCCCACACACACACACACACACACAUACACACUAAAGUGCAUGCUUUAACUUUACUUUUUAUAUCCAUCUUAUAUCACUUGUAUUCUCUAAAGUAUAUCUUUUUAGUAUUUUUAUUGUACAUUUGCACAUUCAUUUAUGCUAUCAUCUGUUUUUUUUUGUUUUGUUUUUUUUACAUUUUUUUUUUACUUGCUUAAGGUGCUAAAAAAGAGAACGAAGCGAGGAGAGGAAGUGAGAUGAAGUCGUUGAUCCAAACGAGGAAGUAAGUUUGGAUCAGCAACUUUUUGUGGUCCAAGUAAGUUAUAUUUGAAAUAGAUCUAUGCUAUAUAAACAGUAGACACAUAUGUAGUUGUGUAUAUAUAAAAAUAUAUAAGCUUAAUCACAAGCAUAUACGUAAAUAGUUACAUUUUAUUUGCAAGCUUUAUUUUUUUAUUUUUGUUUUUGUUUGAGGCGUCAACUAUUUUUCUAAUAGCAGAUGUUGAUAAAAAGGGGGCGCUCCAGGGGUGUCCAAACAUCUUUCCUCCCCCCCAAAAUUGAUUUACCAUUAGUUCAUAAAACACUAUCAGACAAUGUAGCAAAAUAAUUUGAUUAUUCCCCUUUUAUUACAUACAAUUGUAGUAAAUAAAUAAUAAUAAAAAAAUAAGCAAAAGCUAAUAGUGGCUCUUGGGAGUUUGUAAACAAAAUAUUUGAACAACACAAAAAACACAAAUAUUGUAAAAAAAAUAUAUAUUGAAAAUACCCAUCCUAUCAUACCGAUACUACCCUGGUAUCGAUAAUAUAGAUAAUUGGAUUGCAUCAACCACCUCUACUGCCAAGUACCAUGGUUAAGCUUCAUAUUAAGGUUUGUUUCAUACAUUUGUAUUGGUGUACUUAUUUGAUAUACAUCUUUACAAAACGCUGGUCUUCCUGAGUACCAUGAAAUGGAGCUCGCAUACCAGCGGUGGCACUCGUACCACAGUGUGUGAAUACAUUUUUUGGACACCCCUGGUUUAGAAACAGUGAAACGUCUGUUUUUUUCUCCCCCCUAUAUUUACAUCAUUAUGCGCUCCAUUCCGUUUGCCAACAUGAUUCUUUUUGAUAUCCAUGAUGGUUGCCAACAAAACAGCGCUCCACUGCCAAACAUCCAUCGUACCAUGUGCCUAAUUAGGGAGGGGGGGCUACUUUAACUACGACAGGGCGGCCGUGUUUGAGAUGCCACCCUCUUUAAAAAAAAAAAAAAAAAAAAAAAAAAGUACAUUGAAGUACAUUGAAUGUUCUCAUGCAUGCACUCUCAAAGGUGAUUUGUAUUUGAGGGAAAAAAAGAGAUUAGGAGCUACAACCUGUCCUGUGUGUUGUAGACAAGAGCAUUCCAGUGUGAGUGUGUGCAUGAAGAAUGAGUGUUUUUCCAGCAGUAUCCAAGUCAUCAGCCUAGAGUGUUAUUGUGCUGUUUUGUGUGUGUGUGUGUGUGUGUGUCAUGUUCCUGUGCUGGGUCACUCCCAUGCAGGAGGGCCAACAUCAACUUUGUCAUUCAUUGCCUCCUUGGUAAAAAAAAAAAAAAAAAGGAGAAAACACAUGAUCAUUGAAAAAGCAGGAUGGGGAACCUGUGGUCCAUGAGCCAUCUAUGGCACAUGACAGAAUUUGAUCCUCUAAUACUCCAUGCUGUUCUAGAAAUAAAAAUAAUUUCUUUAUAGCUCAUUAGUUCUGCACCCCUGCACUAAGCGCUCAACUAGGAGCAUAUUUGUGUGCACAUUUUGCCAAUUUUCACCAUAUUUAUAAAAUAAUAAAAAGUCCCAUAAGAGAAUCUGACACAAGUCCAAUCAGUGGCCACAACGGCAGUAUUACACGUGAAGAGGAUGAGGGAGGGUCCAAUAUUUACCAUGUACAGUGAAUGUAUCGUAAAAUGUCUUCUGUUGUUGUCAAGUGCUUUUAAAUUAUAUUUUCGUAUGUAACGUGGAAAUAAGUGUUUUGUAUUGGGGACGGGGAGGGGGCGGGGCUUACUGUCUUUCUAUAUAAAAACGAAAAGCUGCUUCAAUGUAAACAGGUGACGCAAAAUAAAGAUCAAAACUGUUGGAUAAGCUUCUUUAUUCAUAAAGAUAUUUUUGACAGUCACACUUAUACUCUCACACGCACACAGACACACACACACGUAGGCCUUGUGAUUGAGUGUGCAAUUUGUAAAGCCUGAAUAAAUAACACGGUCAGAAUAAAGCAGUGAUUAUGUGACAAUGUAGGUACACAUACAUUCAUUCGUGAGCUUUAAUGUGUCUACACACACACCACUUUUUAUGGAGUAUGGUCAUACUUGACUCAAAGUGUCUUCCGAUCACCUCAACAUAAAGCAGAAAGUGCA